AUGGUCGAAAAUCAAGGUAGCUCGUCAGAAAACCACCACCCUCAUGAAGAUAGGAUAUACAGCAUGUCCGGCCAUACCGCGGACUUGGACAAUCCACCGGUGAAUGGAGCAGUGAAAAAUGUUCAUCCAGCUGCUGCGACUCGGCAGGGCGCAAUGGUAUCGCAAGUCCUUCAGCCUCAGUACACGAAGCUAGCAAAUCCUGGUCCACUGGGCUUGCUUGCUUUUGCCAUCACAACCUUUGUCGUCGGUUUAUAUGAAUGCGGGGCCGGGCUACCAAACGAGAAUCCCGAAGGAAAAACUGGCCCGAACCAGGCUGCAUUCGGUCUCAUCACUUUCAUGGGGGGCACUGCUCAGUUCAUCGCUGGAAUCAUGGAGUUUCGAGUCGGCAAUACAUUUGGCACAACGGUGCACUGUUCAUAUGGGGCAUUCUGGCUUAGCUACGCAAUGUAUUUGCUUCCAUACCUGGGCAUUCAAUCGGCCUAUGGUGGCGAGACGACGCGUUCAUACACCUUUGCUGUCGGAAUCUAUCUAAUCCUGUGGGGUUUUCUGACCCUGAUAUUUCUGAUUGCAGCGCUUCGUACGAACAUAGCAAUCCUGCUGGUGUUUUUCUUUCUUGUUCUUGCGUAUCUAUUCCUCAGCAUCGCAAACUUCAUCUCUACUGAGCAUCCUGUUCCCAGCGUUCGGGCGAACAAGGCAGGUGGAGCAUUUGCUGUUAUUUGCGCAUUUUGUGCCUUCUACGCUGGAGCGUCUGGCCUCAUGAUGCCUCAAACAACUUGGGUACGCUUCCCACUCGGUGAAAUCCCCAUUCCGGAAACCAUAGCUUGA